UUAAGUACAAACAAAUAUAAAAUAUUAAAUUAUUAUAUAUAUAUAUAUAUAUAAAUUUCCAGGUCACCACCCUGGCCUUAACGUGCCGCCGCCCCUGCUUUACAGGUUGAAGAUUCUUCUAUACUUUUCUUUAGUUUUUGGUUAUUGGUUUCUGAUUUGCAUCACUUUCUUAUUAUUGUUAUAUUUUAUUAUUUUCAUAUGUGAUGCGUAGAAUUGGAUCAUGGGUGAAUUAGAAAUUGAAUUCAGAGACUGAUGAGUUGGAUGUAGAAGGUUUUGAUAAUUCAAAUUAUUGGAUGCAUUGUAUUUUUAUGUUCCUAUUUGUGUUGUGAUUUUGAUACAUAUAUGUUUGUUUUGUUGAUAGACUCAAAAAAUAUUUUAUAGUUUAAAUCAUCAAUCGCCCUUUUUAGUUGGUAGAUUUUGGAUCACGCUGAAUUGUAUGGUUCCUUAUUUCAAAAUUCCAGACCUUUACAUAAGAUUCAUUGGGACAAAAGAUCAAGCGCUGAGUACUACCAUUAAAAACAAAAUUACUACCAUGUUAAAGCAUAUUAGAAUAGUGAACUCUCUUCUACCAUGUUCAAAUAAUGCAGUGAAAUGAGACUUAAAUUUAUAUUGCUAAAAUAACUCUCUUUUUCCCCUUUUUGGGUAUUUGGAUUAAACUGGUUUUGGGUAUCUAUCUAUUUCCAAUAAGGCUGAGACUGAAAUUCAUAUUGGAAAAAUAACUAAUUUUUUCCCCAGUUUUGCUAAUUACCUACCAUGAGUCAUUGAUUUCUCUGUUGACAUUCUUAUGCAACAACAAAAUGUUUUUCUUUUUUUGAUAUACAUUAGAUAGGCUCAUAGGCAUUAGGACAGAGGUUAAAAUAUUCAUGAAAGUUAUGCCACUAUGUUCAUUUUUAUUUUUGUAUUGUAGACAGUUUAGCCUCACUAUACGCACUUUAUCUUUGCAUCUUAUAAGCUUUCAAAUAGAUGAACGACAAUACCUUCUUUGAUCUUGAAAUAUAUGUCUUGAGCCAAGUAGAAAUUACUUAAUCUUGCAAUCUUACUUAUUUUAAGAUAAUAUCUAAUACCAUUCUCAUCCUGUAUAAUCAUAUUUAACUGAGUUAUAUUUUAGAUCAAGUUACAUUUUCAACAAAAAAUAAAUGCAUGUGUAUGUAUGAUGCAGGACUGUCUGCACCAUAAUAUGUUUGAACAAUGCAAUUUGUUUUAAUGGCUUUUUUAAAAAAAUAAACAAAUAAAAUUUAGUUAUUGUAGGGAUUGUUUUAUAUAUCUUUCAGUUCAAUUAUAGGAACAUGGUCAUGUUUAUAUGUCCUACUAAAGUGUCCUUGUAAAAUCUCACCUUGCCAAAUCAUGCAAUUGUUCUUUGAAACUCUCUUUCCAGCGGUGGAGCUUAUUCCUUACACUUGGCUUCUGCACUAUACCUCUCCCUCCAUUCAACAUUCUAUUUCUUCACAAGGCCUGAAAUAACUAAGUGAAGAAUUUGUGAACAUUCUUCAAGAUUGGGAAUUAUAGUUUGAUAUUGUGGGGUUUCGAAGAUAGAAGUUCACUAACGAUUUGGUGUGCAAACAUGGAUUAUGAAGCAAUGUCAUGAGAAAGCAAAUGCUGUUAUCAGAUCCUAUCCUUCACUUCAAACUUGCAACCCCAACAGAAUGACGCAAUCUUGUUUGAGUUAUGAGUGGGUUUUGCUAAUGUUCUUUCAUGGGAUUCUUCUAAUGUGUAUGUGCUCGGGUUUGAAAUCUGCAACAGUUCCGGCUUUUGCAAAUGAGACUGAUCGCUUGGCUUUACUUGACUUCAAGAAUCAAAUAACUCAUGACCCACUUCAAAUCAUGAGCUCAUGGAAUGACUCCAUGCUUUUCUGCAACUGGAUAGGUGUUACUUGUAGCCCUUCUAGAAAACGAGUCACUAUUUUGGACUUUGAAGCAAAGAGAUUGGUUGGCCUCCUACCACCCUCUAUAGGAAAUCUUACUUAUCUCACAAGGCUCAUGCUACAAAAGAAUAGCUUCCAUGGUGAAAUUCCUCAAGAAGUGGGGCGUCUACAACACUUGCAGCAUCUUAAUUUGACUUCAAAUUCCUUUGGUGGCAAAAUUCCAACUAAUCUGAGCUACUGUGCACAACUUAUAGUGCUUGAUAUUUCUUAUAACGAACUUGUUGGGCAGAUUCCAGACCACCUCAACUCAUUGUCAAAGUUGGAGAACCUAAAUCUUGCUGUGAACAACCUUACAGGAAAUAUUCCAGCUUGGAUUGGAAAUUUUACGUCUUUGUAUGUUCUUAGUCUUGCACGGAACAAUUUGCAAGGAAGCAUACCUAGUGAACUUGGCCGUCUAUCAGGCUUGAGAUAUUUUCGGCUUUCUGUGAAUAAUAUAUCCGGUAUCAUCCCUCCCCUGAUUUUUAAUAUUUCUUCCAUAUACUAUUUCUCUGUUACUGAAAACCAGCUACAUGGAAGCCUUCCACCAGAUGUUGGUCUUACUCUUCCUAACCUUCAAGUGUUUAUUGGCAGUAGUAACAAUUUCACUGGACCUAUUCCUGUGUCAUUGUCAAAUGCUUCUCAACUUCAGAUUCUUAGCUUCGGUCUAAAUGGUCUAACUGGGACAGUGCCUCAAAAUCUAGCAAGCUUGCAAGGUUUGGUUCUUUUUGAAUUUGAAAGCAAUUACCUUGGAAAGGGGAAGGAUGGUGACCUGGAUUUUCUUAGUUACAUGGCUAAUUGUUCUAAUUUGGAGGGCUUGGGUCUUUUUGAUAAUUAUUUUGGAGGAGUAUUGCCUAGCUCUAUAGCCAACCUUUCCACCCAGCUAAACACUCUUGCUUUGGGUAACAAUAUGAUUCGGGGUGACAUCCCUAUUGGGAUCGGGAACCUCGUUAACUUAAACGCUCUUGGAUUAGAACAAAACUAUUUGGGAGGUACUCUCCCUCAUGUUCUUGGGAAGCUUCAAAAGUUAAAUGUAUUAGCUUUGGAUGAAAACAAUUUUUUUGGGCCAAUCCCUUCCACCUUGGGUAACUUAUCUACACUGACAAUUCUUUAUAUGCAUGGGAACCGAUUUGAGGGAAGGAUACCCCCAAGCCUAGGAAACUGCCGAAAUUUGCUUUUUCUGAACCUUUCUCAUAACAAUCUCUCUGGCACCAUACCAAAACAGGUUAUGGGUCUUUCAUCCCUUUCAAUUCUUUUGGACUUGUCUUAUAAUUUUUUAACAGGAGCACUUCCUUUUGAAAUGGGCAACUUAAUACAUCUUGCCAACUUAGAUCUCUCAAAGAAUAGAUUAUCAGGUAGAAUUCCCACCACCCUUGGGACUUGUAUUAGUUUGGAGCACUUGUAUUUGGAUAGUAAUUCAUUUGAGGGAGCAAUUCCUCAAUCCUUGGGGCACUUAAGAGGUUUAGAGGAUAUAGAUCUUUCUCAUAAUAUGUUGUCUGGGAAUAUUCCUGAAUUUCUUAGCAAGCUUUUGGCACUUAAGCAUCUCAAUAUUUCUUAUAAUGAUUUUGAGGGUGAAGUGCCAAGUGAAGGAAUUUUUGCAAAUGCAAGCGCAAUUUCAAUCUUUGGAAAUGAAAAGUUAUGUGGUGGUGUCCAAGAAUUAAAUUUAUCUUCUUGCUCAAGUAAACAUCCUAAAUUGCAUGGGAAGCUUCUUGCACUUGGAAUGAUCAUUCCUGUCGCUAGUAUAAUCAUAUUUGUACUUCUAUUGUUGUAUUUUUUCCCUACAUGUUCUAUUGUGAAAAUUUCAAGGAAGGGAGCUUUAACUGCGUCUUCUUUUGAAGUCUGGCAAUUACCUAUCUCUUAUGCUGAACUCUUAGAAUCAACAAACAGGUUUUCUGAGAACAACUUGAUUGGUUCAGGUAGCUUUAGCUCUGUAUACAAAGGAGUUCUUUCUAGAAAUGGAGCAAUUGUUGCAGUUAAAGUAUUAAAUCUUCAACAACAAGGAGCUUUGAAGAGUUUUAUUAAUGAAUGCAAUGCUUUGAGAGAUAUACGUCAUCGUAAUCUCCUUAAAAUUAUCUCUGUUUGCUCAAGCGUGGAUCAUGAAGGGAAUGAUUUUAAGAGCUUAAUUUUUGAGUUCAUGUGCAAUGGAAGUCUAGAGCAAUGGUUGCAUCCUAAAAGUGAUGAGCAACAUCAAAGGAAGAAUUUGAACUUCCUUCAAAGAUUGAACAUAGCUAUCGAUGUUGCUUAUGCAUUAGAAUAUCUCCAUCACCAUUCCCAAAUGCCAAUUGUUCAUUGCGAUCUAAAGCCAAGCAAUAUACUCCUUGAUGAAGAUAUGGUAGCCCAUGUUGGCGAUUUUGGAUUAGUGAAAUUCCUUUUUGAAGCAUCAAAAAAUCUCUCCAAUACUCAAGCCUUAUCGUGUGGAUUAAAGGGUUCCAUUGGGUACAUUCCUCCAGAAUAUGGGAUGGGUGGCCAAGUUUCUACACUUGGAGACAUCUAUAGCUAUGGGAUACUCUUGCUGGAGAUGUUCAUUGGGAAAAGACCUACCGAUGAAGUGUUUAAAGAUGGUCAGAACAUUCACACGUUCGUUGCAAUGGCUUUGCCUGAACAUGUCAUCGAUAUAAUUGACCCGUUAAUGUUCUUUGAAGAGGAUGAAGAAGAAGUUGAUGAUACAAGAAAUGAAGAAGACGUAGAAGGAAGAGCAAUAAUUGAAGAAGAGAAUCUGCAUGUCAAUGUUAGUAGCAGAAUGAUAGAUUGCUUGACGUCAGUGUUCCAAAUUGGAUUGUCGUGUUCUGCAAGUUCACCAAAUGAGCGGAUUCGUAUAAAUGUUGUUGUCAACGAAAUGAAUGCAAUUAGAGACAUUGUUCAUAAAUUAAAGAAGGGGAGGAGAAGAGCUAGAAUGACCGGAUAAGAUGGAAUCUCUAUGUAAUGACCCUUGAUUGAGAAAUAUCUUCGAGGCUAGCUAGUGAUGGCCAUAUAUUAUAAGGCUUGUGACAUUCAACUAUUUGUGCCAUUGUUUUCCAGAUCAAAGGUAAUUUAGAUCAAUGGCUCACUGCUCACUGUGCCAUUUUCUAUAACCAUAUUACUAUAUUGAUUUUUUAUCAUGGAUUGUACUAUCGCUUCUUUAAUUGUAAUAUCUAAUGUGUUUCAUACACUAUUCCUACCACCAGAUAUAUUGGCUACUAGGCCUUGUGUCUUACUAUUCAAGGGACCUAUUUUUGUCA